GCCGGUGCGGUGCAGUGUUACUCUGCCCUCCUUUUCAUCCAAAAACCCAAAAAAAGUUUCCAGUUUUCUUUUUCCGUCGAACCUGUUCGGAUUUCGAACGAUUCUAUCCUCCAAAACCAAAAAGAAAAAAAAAUCAAAAUUUUUGCCCGGAUUAUCUAGUUAGGGUUUGCGUUUCCUAUCAAUUUUCAGAAAAAUUUUUGAAAAAAAAAGGGGAGGGUUUGUGAUUUUGGCGGUGAUGGCUCAGAUUCAAGUUCAGCAUCAGGCUCCGGUGACCGGUCCUAACGGCGGCGGCGGUGGUGCGCAGCAACAGAUGGUGUCGACGUCGCUGUACGUCGGGGAUCUGGACCUGAAUGUGACCGACUCGCAGCUCUACGAUCUGUUCAAUCAGAUCGGCCAGGUUGUGUCUGUUAGGGUUUGCAGGGACUUGUCCACUCGCAGAUCUCUCGGUUAUGGCUAUGUUAAUUAUAGCAACCCUCAGGAUGCUGCGAGGGCACUAGAAGUAUUGAACUUCACUCCACUGAAUAACAAAUCGAUCAGAAUUUGCUAUUCUCUUCGGGACCCUACUAUUAGAAAGAGUGGUACCGGGAAUAUUUUUAUCAAGAAUCUGGACAAGGAAAUUGACCACAAGGCAUUGCAUGAUACAUUCUCUUCUUUCGGCAACAUACUUUCUUGCAAGAUAGCUACGGAUGCAUCUGGGCAGUCCAAGGGCUAUGGUUUUGUUCAAUUUGACAAGGAAGAAGCUGCUGAGAGUGCCAUUGAGAAGUUAAAUGGAAUGCUCUUGAAUGAUAAACAAGUCUAUGUAGGUCCCUUUCUCCGCAAGCAGGAGAGGGAUGGUGCUUUGCAUAAGACAAAAUUUAGCAAUGUGUAUGUGAAAAAUAUAUCCGAGGGUACUACAGAUGAUGACCUGAAGAAAAUAUUUGGUGAACAUGGGCCCAUUACUAGUGCUGUAGUGAUGAGGGAUGGUGAAGGUAAAUCAAGGGGUUUUGGUUUUGUCAACUUUGAUAACCCUGAUGAUGCUGCUAAGGCUGUUGAGCUUCUGAAUGGAAAGCAAUUUGAUGAUAAGGAGUGGUAUGUUGGCAAAGCCCAGAAGAAGACUGAAAGAGAAGUUGAGCUGAAGGAGAAAUUUGAGCACAGUAUGAAGGAAGCUAGUGAUAAGUUUCAAGGUGUGAAUUUGUAUAUCAAGAACUUGGAUGAUAGCAUUGAUGAUGAGAAACUUAAGGAAUUAUUCUCCGAGUAUGGUACAGUCACAUCUUGCAAGGUUAUGCGUGACCCUGAAGGAGUCAGUCGUGGUUCUGGUUUUGUUGCCUUUUCGACUUCUGAAGAAGCUUCUCGAGCUCUUACGGAGAUGAAUGGCAAAAUGGUUGUUAGCAAGCCUCUUUAUGUUGCACUUGCACAACGAAAGGAAGAGAGACGGGCAAGGUUGCAGGCUCAGUUUUCACAAAUGAGGCCUGUUGCUAUGGCUCCUGCAGUGGCUCCUCUUCGACCAAUGUACCCUCCUGGUGCUCCAGGUCUAGGGCAACAAUUUUUGUAUGGGCAAGGACCUCCAACUAUAAUUCCACAACAAGCUGGAUUCGGUUACCAACAGCAACUUGUGCCAGGAUUAAGGCCUGGAGGUGCUCCAAUGCCAAACUUCUUUGUUCCAAUGGUCCAACAGGGUCAGCAAGGCCAACGCCCAGGAGGUCGACGUGGGGCAGGUCUUGUGCAACAAAACCCGCAACAAGUGCCAAUGAUGCCGCAGCAUAUGAUUCCAAGAGGGCGCAUGUAUCGUUAUCCACCUGGUCGCAUUGUUCAGGAAGCUCCAUAUUCUGGUGGUAUGCUCUCAGCAGGACGUGGUAUGCCAGUUCCAGCUUUGGCUUCAUCCCUUGCCAAUGCUUCACCUGAAGAACAAAGGACGAUGCUUGGUGAAGCUUUAUAUCCUCAAGUUAAUGCUUUGGAGCCCGAAUCAGCAGCCAAGGUUACUGGUAUGCUUCUAGAGAUGGACCAGACUGAGGUUUUGCAUUUGCUCGAGUCACCGGAGGCUCUAAAGGCCAAAGUUGCAGAGGCCAUAGAGGUCCUGAGGAAUGUAACCCAACAUCAGGUUAACAACAGUGGUGAUCAGUUGGCAUCAAUAUCUCUGUCUGACGAGCUUUAAUUGGAGGGGCAUUCUGGUUUAUCUUCCUAUUCUGAGACUGCUGUAGGACUGAUCAUUUGGUUUUGGUUGCUUAUAGCUUUGUCGAACUGAGAAGUCUAGACAUGAUUUCUUUUGCUUUUAGUCGUUAUUGUUUCUUAGGAUUUUUUGUUAUUGCUACAUUGGCUAUCGUUUUGGUUGAAUGACUCGAAGUCCUUUAUUUAUUUGAAUCCGGCUUGCUUUUUUUCUUCUCU